CGCGUGCGGCAUUAACGUCGCGUUUGCAUGCGACAUUUCAAAGUCAAAGCCAUGGUGCAAUCUUUGGAUAUAGCAGCCAUAGCCGGACAACAACAACAACAGCCACAACAGAACGAUGCGGAGCCGAGCAAAGGGAGCAAACCGUCAGCGUUGCGACGCACGCUGCAGGCGCUGCGGCAACGUCUGACAAAACGGAAUCGCGCCAAGCCGCCCGACUGGUUCCUCGAGAAGUUCUCGAAUGCCACCAACACGGACAAAUUAGGCAAAACCGGAGCCAUGGACGAUGCGGCGCUAUCGAGCGAAAUUCGCGGCAGCAGCGCUCUAUGCAAUCGCCUCUCCGUGGAUCCCACACUGCAGUCCCAUUACAGGUGGCUCGCUGUGGUGUCGCUGGCGGUGCUCUAUAAUAUCAUCUUUGUGGUGGGCCGUUCCGUUUUCUGGGAGAUCAACAAGAAUGCGCCCGCCGUUUGGUACACGCUGGACUAUCUGUGCGAUUUCAUUUACCUGCUGGAUACACUGGUGCACAUGCACGAAGGCUUUCUGGACCAGGGUCUCCUAGUGCGCGAUGCGUUCCGGCUGCGGCGUCAUUAUUUCCACACCAAGGGCUGGUACCUGGACGUGCUCUCCAUGCUGCCCACCGACCUGGCCUACAUCUGGUGGCCGCCGGAGACCUGCUCCAGCCUGUAUCUGCCCUGUCCGGUGAUUGUGCGUCUGAAUCGCUUGCUCCGUCUGCCCCGCCUCUGGGAGUGGUUCGAUCGCACCGAGACGGCAACGGGAUACCCGAACGCCUUUCGCAUCUGCAAGGUGGUGCUGGCCAUUCUGGUGCUGAUCCACUGGAAUGCCUGCAUGUACUUUGCCAUCAGCUACGAGAUUGGCUUCAGCUCCGACUCGUGGGUCUACAACCUGAAUGGCACGCGCAACAAUACGCUGCAGCGACAAUAUAUCUAUAGCUUCUAUUGGUCAACGCUGACGCUGACGACGAUUGGUGAGACGCCGACGCCCGAGAAUGAUGUUGAAUAUUUAUUUGUGGUCGCCGACUUUCUCGCCGGCGUCCUCAUCUUUGCCACCAUUGUGGGUAACAUCGGCUCGAUGAUAUCCAACAUGAAUGUGGCGCGGGUGGAGUUCCAGAAUCGCAUGGAUGGCGUCAAGCAGUACAUGGCCUUCCGGCGUGUGGGCCAUGAGCUGGAGGCGCGCGUGAUACGCUGGUUCGCGUACACCUGGUCGCAGAGCGGCGCCCUGGACGAGGAGCGGGUGCUGGCCGCGCUGCCGGACAAGCUGAAAGCCGAGAUAGCCAUACAGGUGCACAUGGAUACGCUGAAACAGGUGCGCAUCUUCCAUGACACCGAGCCGGGCCUGCUGGAGGCGCUGGUGCUCAAACUGAAGCUGCAGGUCUUCAGUCCCGGCGACUACAUCUGCCGCAAGGGCGACGUCGGCAAGGAGAUGUACAUUGUGAAGCGCGGCAAGCUGUCCGUCGUGGGCGACAAUGGCGUCACCGUGCUGGCCACCUUGGGCGCUGGCUCGGUGUUCGGCGAGGUGUCCGUGCUGGAGAUAGCGGGCAACCGGACGGGCAAUCGGCGCACGGCGAACGUACGCUCGCUCGGCUACUCGGAUCUCUUCUGUCUGGCCAAGCGGGAUCUGUGGGAGACGCUAGCCGACUAUCCCGAGGCGCGCUCCACGCUCACGCAGCGCGGCUGUCAGCUGCUGCGCAAGGACGGGCUGCUGGACGAGCAGAUCUUUGCGGAUUCGCAGCGCGUGCACGACAGCAUCGAGGGCGGCAUCGAGAAGCUGGAGCUGUCCGUGGAGAACCUGAACAUGCGACUGGCGCGCCUGCUGGCCGAGUACACGGCCAGCCAGGCCAAAAUCAAGCAGCGUCUGGCCAAGCUGGAGCUCAACAGCGGCGGUGGCGGAUCUGGCGGUCGGGACGGUGCGGAGCCACAGAUGCGAACACGCAGCGGUCGUCUCUAUUCCCUGCAGACCAAGCGGCGCCCACGUGCCCGCCUUGAGGCAGCUGCCAAAUGCGGCGAUGUGGCCAAACAGAACACGCUCUAAGCCCGGGCAGAGGGCCAGGGCCAGCCGCAUGGCGACACUCCAGUGAUAAAUGCAUGACGCUUCGCGCAGAAGGCCAAGGAGUUAGUACAUAUGGAACAAUGGAGCAUGGACAUGCUGCAGAUUACAAAGUUGCUAUCCAGUUGGAGUUGGAGCCGAGUUGGCUGAGCGCCAGCUCCCGUGCUUUCAAAUCAAUUUUUAAUUUUAACAAUUAGUUUUACGGCAGCGCCAAGCAGGUGCCCAGCACAAAGAGAGAGAGAGAGAGCGAGAGAGGG